AUGCCGCACGCGACGUCGCAAGAACUUAUCAUCACCCCUUUCGCGCAGCAGGAAGGCAAGAAGGCGAAGUUUGGAGCAACGGUCACAGGUGCAGACCUCGAAAACCUCGAUGAGGCGACGUUCCAGAUACUACGAGAAGCGGUAUACAAGUACAGCCUCAUUGUGGUCAAGGGCCAGCACAACCUCAAUCCAGCCAAGCAGUUCGAACUCAUCAAGCGUUUCGACCCGGACGCGAAAGCUCAACAUGGCUUCGGUGCAGGAAAGGGGUCGAAGCUCGUUGGGUUUCUCGGGGACAUACCAUUCUACGGGAUCCCGAACUCGGGCGGCGUCAACCUCGUCGGCCACGGGUACCAAGGUCCGGACCACUAUGGUCUCAAGGACGUGACGAUCCGCGCCGUGCCCCAGUCCAGAGUCCACGCGACGCCCAUCUCGGCUUCGGAGCUGGCAAGGGGCCAGACACGGUUCAACUCGUUCCACUUUGACGGGUCCAUCUACGGCGCGUACCCUUCGCGCGUGACUGCCUUCCGCUGCGUCAAGGCGCCCGUCGGCCCGCCGCUCACGGUCCGCUGGGACGACGGCACCGGUCGCACGAUGCGGUGUCAGGCGGGCGGCACGGCGUUUUUCAGCGGCGAGCAGCUCUACGACCUCCUGUCGGACGACGAAAAGGACCUCGUCGACCACAGCCACUGGGAGCCCGCGCCGCACCCGUUCGCGUGGAUGGGCACGCGCAGGCUUCGUUCGUCGGGCAUGGGCCUCGCGCCCGGCGGCGAGACGGUCCCUCUCGACGAGCUGCCCGAAUGGUCGCCCGACAAGGUCUACACCUUCCCCAUGGUGUGGGUGAACCCCGUCACCGGGGCCAAGGCGCUGCAGAUCUUCCCCGACAUCAUUCGCAGAUUGCACAUCAGAACCACCACCUCGCCGCCGUCGGAAAGGGUGGUUGAGGAUCUCGAGGAGAUCAGGCUCUGGGUCAACGACAUAUACGACAGGAUCGCAACGCCGGAAUACAUCGUGGUCCCGGCGUGCGAGGAGGGUGACAUGUUUCUGUGGAAUAAUUGGGUGAGUAGGGUGGCCGGUGGUUAG